CGAAGAGAUUUCUAGAUUUAAAUUUAUUAUUCAAGGUCAAAAGAAAGUGAGCUGACACGUUUUUCUAGUUUAGGCAGAAUAUUUUUUUUGCGGGGAGAUUUAUCCAGAUUCUAAUAAGAAAUUCAACGAGAGGAAGGGAUUAUUAAGGAGACUUGUGCCUGGUAACAGACACUUGCACGAGGCACAUUAGAGGGUGAAGAUGGCAGGCUACAAACUGGGAAAGUUGAUAAUUGAGGGAAAGACGAAAAAAGUCUAUGAACUGACGGACGAUAAUUCCCUUUGCUUUCUUCAAAGUAAGGAUCGAAUAACAGCCGGAGAUGGAGUUAAGGCCCAUGAAUUGGAGGGCAAAGCUGCCAUUAGUAAUGCAACUACAGCAAAAGUUUUUCAACUCUUAAAUCAAGCUGGUCUUAAAACUGCUUUCGUUAAAGUUGCCAAUGACACGGCUUUUAUCGCCAAAAAAUGUGAAAUGGUCCCUAUCGAAUGGGUCACCAGACGCUUGGCAACUGGAAGUUUCCUGAAGAGAAAUCCAGAAGUCACGGAGGGAUUCAGAUUCAAUCCACCUCUGCAGGAGACAUUCUACAAGGACGACGCGAAUCACGAUCCACAAUGGUCUGAGCAACAAUUAGUUUCUGCCAAUUUUAAAUUGAAUGGCGUCGUCAUUGGAAAGGACGAAUAUGACAUUAUGAAUGCCAUGACAUUGGCAGUUUUUGAAGUUUUAGAGAAAGCCUGGUCGACAAGAGAUUGUGCAUUGAUUGACAUGAAAAUUGAAUUUGGCAUUGAUUGUAAUGGCGAAAUUCUCGUCGCUGAUAUUAUUGACAGCGACUCCUGGAGACUCUGGCCUUCUGGUGAUAAGAGACUCAUGAAGGACAAGCAGGUCUACAGAAACCUCGCGACCGUGACACAGGAAGAUUUGGAAUCGGUGAAACGCAAUUUCAAAUGGGUUGCCGAUCAAUUGGAUUACUUGGUUCCACCACCAAGUGCACUAGUUGUUGUUUUAAUGGGUUCACCAUCGGACGAGGAGCAUUGUAAAAAAAUUGCCAAGUACGCGACAGCAUUGGGACUUCGUGUUCAAUUGCGAGUGAGCAGCGCUCAUAAAGAAACGGAGGAAACGCUGCGAAUUCUCGCUGAAUAUGAAGGCAGUGGCGAAAAGGUGGUAUUGAUUGCUGUAGCGGGACGAAGCAACGGAUUGGGUCCAGUUCUUUCUGGAAAUUCAACUCUUCCUGUCAUUAAUUGUCCACCUGUUAAAGCUGAAGACAUUGGUCACGAUAUUUGGUCGUCUCUCAAUGUUCCAUCAGGUCUCGGUUGCACAACUGUUGUUUAUCCGGAGAGCGCCGCCCUUGCAGCAGCACAAAUACAUGCACUGAAUGAUCAUUUAGUUUGGUCACGAUUGAGAGUGAAAAAAUUGACAAAUUUCAUCACCUUAAAACGAGCAGAUGUUAAAAUGAGAAAAAUGACAUUGUAAUAUCAGUCAGAUAAGUUUUAUUACCAAACAAAUAUUCUUUUUAAUCUUGCAAAAGCUGAUGAAAGUCUUGCUAAAAAUUGUGAUUUGUUUUUGAAAAAUAUUUUGCAUCAAAUGUUUUUUAUCGCGCUUUCCAUUUAUACAAUUCUCCUCUUUUUGUUACUCCUCCUCUAUACUUUUUCACAUGUUUAUAAAAUAGAUAUAUUUCUUAUGCAACCUGUUUUCGAAUGAUUAUUUUAAUUGACGAAAUAAAAAAGAAAAAAACUUAAUGUUUAUGAUAGCAGUUUUUGUUUAUGUCUUAUUAUUAUUAAUUUUAAUUAGUCUCUACUGGCUGCAAGUCUAUAAUAUUCAUUUGUUUCCAUUUCGAGAGGUUUUUGAAUAAAAUGUUUUAAUUAAA